UAUUAUAAUCUUUCGAGCUAAAGACGUGAUUACUGGAAUUUCGUAUGAAGGUUAAACUUUUUAAUUUCAAUUACAUUCAUUAUGAAUAAUUAAAGGGAAUAAAAAUGGAAUGAAAACAAAUCAGAAUAUUCGGCGUUCUCAAAAAGUCUCAAAGUCUGCUCUCUAAUAUCGGCGAUUGAAAAUGUACAGCUUGAUGGACCUGGCAUCGAUAAUUCCACCGCUUAUUCUCUCGUUUCGUACGACGGUCAAUGACCCCCUUUGUCAAGGAGAAUCGGCGCGACGUAUCCUCGUCGGAUUUUCUCUGUGCGAAGCGCACGCGGGCAUCCCUUAAUAAACCGGAAGGCGGCCUGCAGUCCCGCCUCGUGCGGGCGUCGCGGCGCGCUUGGGCGCCGCGUCGUCGCGCGUCGUCCCGCGUCGCGACGCUCCCCUGCGUUCGUGUUCGGUGGGGGGUCAGGUCGGUCGAACGGGAACGGGUCGGUCGAACGAUCGAAAGGCCCUGCUCCUCGGCUCAGUUGUAGCGCCGACACCCCGGCAUACACGAGGUCGCGUCGUAGUUUUAAAGGCACACUCUGUACAAACGUAGACACGCACGCUCUAUCUUCCGUAUACCUCCGCCUCGCCUGCGCCUUCGCCUCGCCUCGCCUCGCCUUCGCCUACGCCUUCGCCUUCGCCUACGCCUUCGCCCUCCGCCUUCGCCUCCGCCUCGCUACGUAGUGAGCAACAGAUAUUUAACCGUGCACGUUGCCGUAGAAGCGAUCGCCUCUCCGACCUCGUAGAAAGCGAAAAUGCAGCGUCCGGUCGUCGGUCACUGGAGAAAAAUCCUACUGCUCGUGUAUAGUUUGCCAUUAUUUUCAUACGCGACACUGGCGGAUCACAUGAACGUGCAAUUGAUAGCGCCGCAGUAUAUAACGCAUGGCAGCACAGCCAUCUUGCUGUGCAAUCACACUGUCGCGGACGACUUGCUGCACAAAAUAGAAUUUAUGAAGGGCGAGAAGAGGAUAUUUCAGUACAUUAAGGAGAGGAAUCCGCCGUACAUCCCGGACAAAUCCGUAUAUAUCGACGGCGCCAAAAUGGAGUUUUCAAAGAAUGGCACGACAAUCAAAUUGCACAAUGUGCGUUACGAAGCUUCCGGUAUUUAUUCCUGUGAAGUCACUAUGACAACUCCCAUUUAUACUGCUGGCGCUGAUCCCGUACAUAUGAAAGUGAUAUUUCCACAAUCUGAGAAUCCUAGAAUUACGUUCGAGAAGAGUGUAUAUGUAGUAGGCGAAAGCUUGGAGGCAAAUUGUUCAUCCUCGCCCGCACGUCCAGUUCCUUAUAUAACGUGGUUCAUAAACGGCGAAGAGGUGGAUAUUGCUCUAGUGACACACUAUCCGCAUACAUAUCAUAAAAACAAUCUGAUGUUCGCUACUGCUAAACUGAAGGUGGAGGUUUCCGCGUUGCACGCUGGCCAAAAUGGGCAGCUUGAGAUCAGCUGUCAGGCAACAAUACCUGCAUUUCCCAUGCAUCACGAGCAAUUUGCCGAUAUUAAAAAAAAGACGGUGUCGGUGCAAAUCAUACCAGCGCCGGAUGUGACGUCUUCCGCGGCGAUUCUCAUACGAGAACUCACGCUACCUACAAUACUGUGCAUAUUGAGCGCAAUGCACGAGUUUAUUCCUUAAUAAAAGUCAAUUGUUCUAGGAUAAUUCGGCUGUAACAUAUCUAAUUGUAAGGAUGUUAAGGCGAUGAACAUAAGAUCGAACAAUCACAAUGUCUUCCUUCGAUAUAUCGAAAUACACGGGGGCAGCGGUUUUAUUGUCUUUGCAGAAAUUUUGUAAACUCAUAGACGCGGCUUCUUCGUGCGCAAACUAUUUUCGAUUAUUGCUUAUAAAACGAGCGUCGUCUGUCUCGCGAAACAUAUCAAUCCCAUUAUCAUGAGAAACAAUUUAAUGUCCGAACAUUCGGCAAGGUGUGUCGGAAAGCUAUGUCUCUUCCUUCAAUACUAUUCGAAUAUACUUAUCAUAGAGUGCAUAUAAUAGGAUUUUGAAAAUUAUUAUCUGAAAGUUAAAUUAGAAAAGAAAAAAAAUCGAGUUAC